CAAUAAGGAGCUCAAUCAGCCCAUUCAGGGGCCCCUAACUCGGAGAGAUAUUCCAUUGGCUCGUAUCUAUUUUGGGGCCUCAUGCCGGCCUCAACAAAUGCAGCGAGCAUGUGGACGAGCAUUUUUCGGCAGAGCCCCCCCUUUAUCCAGAAUGAAGAAAACUGCCAUGUUUGCAAAUGUGAAAGGACCUUUGCUGAAAAUGGCAUCUCCCCAACAUAACCCAAGCAUCAUGUUGUUAGAGGAUUCCAUGGAUAGAGACACAUCCCCAUCAGAGUCUCCACUUAUGCAACUGAUUUCCCUCCAGAAGGCAGAUGGUUCUUGGGAACUGGAUGAAGCUCUGGCCUCAGUCCUGGGAAUGAGUGUUCAGAGUGCAUUGGCUGCAUUGCCUGGUCAGAGUAAAGAUGUCCCAAGGUGGGCCACUAUCUUAGCUGUGCUGUGGAUGCACAGUUCCAGUUGUGACCAGAGAGAAGAAUGGGAACUCCUGGAAAGAAAGGCUGUGGCAUGGAUCCAGGCUCGAUCUGAUCCCUCCCUGGGUGAAUGCAUCAAAGCUGCCAAUGCUCUCCUGAAAUCAUCUGUAGAUCCUGUUGUCUUUGGCCUGUGAGAGUAGAAAUGGAAGCGUUUAUCUCUGGCUGCUGCUCCUUACCCUCUAUGCUGCUGUACCUUCCUUCCUGGUUAUGCUCAUUUCCCAUAGGGACUGGUCAGUCAGAUUCCAUUUGGUUCAAUUAAAGUAUUAAUUAAGGGCUCUACUGUGUGUUGGGUAUAUGCCAGGAGCUAAUGCUACAAAAAGGAUAGUCUUCUCACAAGCAGCUUGCAUUCUGCUGGGGAAAGCAGCAAGUACACAAAUUAAUAAAUUCCAAAAUAUGCACAAAAUAAAUAAAAAUAAUUUUUUUUGUGGGGAAGUGAGAAAUAAGAGGAAGAAUCAAGAAAGAACUCUUCCUUUCAAUCCCACAAACACUUUUAUGCUAUAUCAUUCUUUGUGGUUACCAGAAUCUCUGUCACUGCAUAAAAUCUACGAAGUGCAGGGCUGGGGAAGGCAGAUAUUACUCUGGCUUUUCCCCUUCCCCCCUUUAGACUAUCUCAAGGCAUAUUAAAGAAUGAAUGGUUUCCUCUGUUUUAAAAAUGAGUAAACAGAGGGAGGGAGGUGCCUAGUUUGAAGUAUCUUUUAGUCUAUAUGCAGGUAGGGAUUUCACUUCUGAGGAGAGUUAAAAUUUAGAUAAUGGUAGGACAUGCAUCUUCCAUGACAUAUGUAUUGUAUAACAGAACUAGAUUUAUUAUUGUUAGGUGACUUAAAAAAAAUUCUUGUAACACUUUAUCUUGCACACUACCUGGACAAAGCUGGUGAGCAGGUAAGGACCCCAACAAAGAAAGGGAUUCCCACUCGAGGUGGAAGGCAUGCAUGAGGUUUAACCUAACUCUAUGCCUGGAGGAUGGGCUUGGGAAGAGAUACCUAAACUGCACUGGACCAUUCUGAUUCUGUCUGUGUGGCCUUUAUAUUCUCCAGUUCUAUAAGCAUGAUGAGCUCCUCAUGCCACCUAUGGCAGUUGUUGGAGACAUAGAGACUAAUCUUUGGUCAUGGAGGUGGAAUUCUAUGAAUAUGGGCUGUGGGCCUUGGCUUUUAGGCCCUGUUUUCUCCUCAACAACAAUAGUAGUAGAGAGACGUGGGUUCGAAAUCAACAUCUCCCUGUCUCUGAGAUGAAGGAAAGGCCUUCUCUGCAUGUUACAAUCUUGUAUCCUCACUUGCUUUGUCAUGUGUACUUAAACUUUUCAGAAACAUGUUAUUUCCUGGAAAUAUUCAACUAUCAAGAAUAAAAUGAAUUGCCUAUUAGUA